AGUGCCAAUCUAUCGACGAAUUUGACAGUUUAUUCUUUUCCGAGUUUAUACCAAGUGAAAACACAAAUGGAUUACGCCUUAGGUUGGAAUCGCUUCAACUUGGAAUUAUUAGGAGUUUGGCCCGAACCUUCGAAGGGGACGUUACUCCGACGAAUAACAUCAGCCAGUAUCUUUUGGACGAGCACGACAGUGAUCUUUUUAUUCAUAUGUGCACCACAAACGACAGAUCUGAUUUUGAAUUCUACCACUCUGGACGAAGCUAUAGAAAAUUUAUCUAUCAACAUACCAAUAGCUUUCGCUUUGAUCAAGCAAAUCGUUUUGCGGUAUCACGGAGAAGCUUUGAGAUUAUUACUGGUCGAGAUAGUCAACGACUGGACUCAGACUUUACCAGGACCAGAACGCUUGACGAUGUUGAAAAAUGCUAAAAUCAGUCGGAGGAUAUCUCUCUCUUGCUCCACUCUGGCGUAUACAAUGUUGAUCGCCUUCGUAUCGCUUCAAACUUAUGCGAGUAUAACCAGUGCCUCCGAAGUCGAUUUAGGAGGACUUUUGCAUCCAGCAACCUUUCCAUACGAUACCAAGAAAAGUCCAUACUUCGAGAUCACUUGGAUGGGACAAUUCAUAGGAUCGAUUCUAACAGGCAUCUCUUAUUCUUGUUUCGAUACUUUUUUCGCAGUUUUUGUUUUGCAUUUGUGCGGACAACUGUCGGUCUUGCAACUGAAUUUGAAAGAACUGGCGGAGACAGCAAAGCAUGACGUCACUUUGUUUCAGAACAGACUCGGCUUCAUAGUGAACAGGCACAACGAACUGUACAGAUUCGCCAUAAUAAUCGAGAAUUGUUUCAACCUUAUGCUACUCGGACAAACUUUGAUUACGACGAUUAUGUUCUGCCUGACGGGAUAUCGUAUGAUCACGUCGAUGGGCUCACAGGAAAAAGAUUUGCCGAUAGUAGGGAUAAUAUUUUUCUUCAUUCACGUUAUAUACGCAUUGUUGCAUUUAUAUAUAUCUUGUUACGUCGGUGAAACUCUUCUGGUGGAGAGCACUGGGAUAGCUUUUUCCGCUUACGAUUGCGCGUGGUACGACUUGCCACCAAAAAAGGCUAUGUGCCUGAUGAUAAUAAUUUGUCGAGCAAGAGUAGCAUUUCAAAUCACGGCUGGAAAAUUUAGUCCAUUGUCUUUAGAAUUGUUUGGUUCUAUCAUGAAAACGUCCGCCGGAUAUUUAUCGGUAUUACUAGCUGUGAAAGAAGAUCCGAUAAAUUUUUCAAUAGGUGGUGGGAUGAUAGUUUCAUUUCAGUUCGACGAGCAUGCGUGCUGGACGAAGAAAAAGGGAAGGACAUCUAUAUCCCAUGACGAGCUAGAGCGCAGUAGUCGCAUGGCCGCGUGUUACGAUCGUCUUACGAUGACAACGGAUUCCGAAGAAGAUAUAAAUUACGCCAUUGGCUGGAACCGAUUUAAUCUACAAAUACUUGGUAUAUGGCCGGAUUUGAACGAAAGUGAUUCGAUCUUCUCGAAAUAUUGGUUCAUUGUUCAUUCAUUUUUUAUGCUGGGAUUUAUCACCCUACCACAGUCGGCAUAUCUUAUGAUGAUAUGGGGUGAUUUAGAAGUGAUGACAGAAAUUUUAGCGACGGCAAUCCUACCGAUUACUUUGGCUUGUGUAAAGUUAUUGUUUACGCGGUAUCGUUUGGAAUCACUAAGACCACUUCUCCGUUCCUUCGGAGAAGAUUGGAAAAAACCGAAAAGCGAAAACGAGAGAUCGGUCAUGUUGGUUAAUGCUAAAGUGACGAGAAUAAUAUCGAUAUGGUGUACGAUAAUGGCAUAUUUCAUGAUAUCGAUUUACAUCGUACCGCGAAGCUUGAUGAUCGCGCAAAUGCAAAGAGAUCAAUUCGAGCCCGCACGUACGGUCGUCUAUCCCGGUUAUUUUCCAUACGACAUUAGCGGAACGUUUGCUUUUAUUAUUUCCUGUUUCGGACAAAUCGUAGCGGCGUACAGCGCUUCUGUAUCAUAUAUAAGCGUAGACACGUUUAUCACGAUGCUCGUCCUUCAUGCCUGCGCACAAAUUUCCAAUCUCAGGCAAGCACUUGAAGAUCUACCGAGCGGCAUGGACGAGAUGGCCAACGAUUUUACAAAAAGAUUGAUAUGGAUCGUGAAGGGACACGAACAUCUCAACUGGUACACCCAAUCGAUCGAUAAGUCAUUCAACCUGCUGAUGCUCAUUCAAAUAAUGGCUUGCAUCAUUCAAGCCUGUUUUCAAGCCUUUCAAUUAUUUCGCAUAAUGGAUCACGAAGGGGAUGAAUUUCCUAUAGAGGAGCUGAUUUCUAUUAUAUUCUUUGUAAGCGUAACCACGAUACAGCUGUACUUGUAUUGUUACGUAGGGGAAAUGCUUAUCGUCGAGAGUUCUGCGAUUGGCACAUCAGCAUACAUGUCAGACUGGUUUAAUAUGUUUCCAAAGGAUGCACGAAACAUUCUUUUCGUGAUGCAUCGAUCUUCUAUACCACUUCGUUUAACUGCUGGAAAAUUCGGUACUCUUUCGAUGGAAAUGUUUAGCAACAUUUUAAGAACGUCAGUAGGAUAUCUUUCAGUGUUAUUAACGGUAACGGAUAAGAAUAAUUAAUUUUUAAAAAAUAAUAAUAAAUAGAAUAGUGGAAAAGUAAGACGAGUGGUGGCAAUAUUUUUUUACCUAAAAGAUUAUCACCCAUCAUGUAGUAUAAAAUAUAUUAAUAAUAAAUACUUGUGCGUGAACUAACGUCAU